UAACCGGAAGUAGUAACACAUAAACCGGUCCCCUUCCGACCAGAAACAUGUAAGUUAUGUAUCUGUUACGAAGUCAUUCUACUAAUACUCUUCAACCCGACUUCUAUUAGGUCUUUGCUCCAGAAUGGCUUCCCUGAAAUCGCUGAUAUCCUACGCCAGCAGAGUGUUUCCGACCCUGCAAAAACAGCCUCAUGUCAUUUGCAUCAAGAGGACUUUAAUCCUGUCCAGACUACCGAUCUUCAAACGUGCAGACGGCAAGUCCAUCAAUGCUGGGCGACAGUUUAUCUCCACAGCAGCGAAAGAAGAAAAAGGAGAGGACUCCUUCCUCAAGUGGUUCCUGCUGCUCAUCCCUGCCACCACCUUUGGCCUGGGCACAUGGCAGGUCAAAAGGCGCCAGUGGAAAAUGGCUCUGAUCAACGACCUGGCGCAACUCACCAACGCAGAACCCAUUCCUCUUCCUCUUGAUCCUCUUGAGGUGAAUCAGCUGGAGUACAGAAGGGUGAAGGUGCGUGGACGGUACGACCACUCCCAGGAGCUCUACAUCUUGCCCCGGUCCCCAGUCGACCCAGAGAAAGAGGCCAGAGAGGCCGGGAGGCUGAGCUCGAGCGGGGAGACCGGCGCUAACGUCAUCACCCCGUUCCACUGCACCGACCUCGGCAUCACGAUCCUGGUGAACAGAGGGUACGUGCCGAAGCAGAAGAUACGACCAGAGAGCAGGAUGAAGGGGCAGGUGGAGCAUGAGGUGGACUUGGUUGGAGUGGUCAGGCUGACAGAGACUCGUAAACCCUUCGUACCAAACAAUGACGUGGAGAGAAACCGCUGGCAUUACCGCGACCUGGAGGCCAUGUCCCAAGUCACCGGAGCAGAACCCAUCUUCAUCGAUGCCGACUUCAAGAGCACCAUUCCAGGUGGACCAAUAGGUGGACAGACCAGAGUCACGCUGAGGAAUGAGCACAUGCAGUACAUCAUAACCUGGUAUGGUUUGUGUGCAGCUACAUCCUACAUGUGGUACGCCAAGUUCAUCAAGAAGAUGUUGUGAUCAUUGAAAGGAGUGAACUUGUUACAUGUGGAUCCUUUGGCAUAUUGAAAACCUAAUAUAUACUUCAUAUGUACUGUAUCAUGCCCAGACUGAUUCAUAUAAUCAAUGUAAAUAGCUUAAUACAUAUGAAAAUAAAAUUAAUUGGCUCCGA